UUGAGAUGGCCCACUGAGUGGUGUACAGACAUCGGUGGUGAGCAGCUGAUAGAUAGAUAUAUAGAUUACUUGAAGAUAUAUAUACAUAUAUAUAAUAUAUAAAAACUAUAAACUCGCCAAAAUUCAUUUUUCACAAUAGUCAAAAGCUCAAUAGGGUUGUGAAAUCGCCAUAGCAAGCGAAGCGAGCGAGGAUCUCUCUCUCUAUCUUCUUCAAGUCUCGGAAGUAUUCGCUUCUUUGCGUGCUCCGAAGGACCUCCUCUGCUUCACUCUUCCACUUCAAUCUACCACAUCGCAUCAGGAUCGGGUGCUCCAAUGGCUUCUGCGCAAAAGGAUUUGCCUGCGGCUGGCGAAAAGCCAGUUUCAACAGAGAACAAAACCUCCAAAUCUGAAACAGAGGUCAAAAGUCCUAAGUCUGAAACUUCAUCUGGAGAUUCACAGUCAGGACAAACAAGAGCUGCCCCUUUCCAACUUCCAGAAGCCGGAUUUGCUGCUCCCAAUCCUUUUGAUUUCUCUGCCAUGACUGGCUUGCUGAAUGAUCCAAGCAUUAAGGAACUAGCUGAACAGAUAGCAAAAGAUCCUUCAUUCAACCAGAUGGCAGACCAACUUCAGAAAACUUUUCAAGGUGCAACAAUUGACGAGGGUGUCCCUCAGUUUGAUAGCCAACAAUAUUAUUCCACCAUGCAACAGGUUAUGCAGAAUCCUCAAUUCAUGACCAUGGCUGAGCGCCUCGGUAAUGCAUUGAUGCAGGAUCCAUCUAUGAAUACCAUGCUCGAGAGUUUCGCAAAUCCAACAAACAAAGAUCAGCUUGAGGAACGUAUGUCACGUAUCAAAGAAGAUCCUUCUUUGAAGCCUAUUUUAGAAGAGAUAGAGACUGGUGGUCCAGCUGCCAUGAUGAGAUACUGGAAUGAUAAAGAGGUUUUGCAGAAGUUGGGAGAAGCAAUGGGUCUUGCAGUUACUGGAGAUGCAGCUACUUCUGCAGACAAUUCUGGACCAGAAGAAGUAGAAGAUGCUGGAAAUGAGGAUGAAUCAAUCGUUCAUCACACUGCUAGUGUUGGUGAUGUGGAGGGUUUGAAAAGUGCGCUAACCUCCGGUGCUGACAAGGAUGAGGAAGAUUCAGAGGGAAGAACAGCACUGCAUUUUGCUUGUGGAUAUGGUGAGGUGAAGUGUGCUCAAGUACUUCUUGAGGCUGGAGCAAGAGUGGAUGCUCUGGAUAAGAACAAGAACACUGCGCUUCAUUAUGCAGCCGGUUAUGGCAGGAAGGAAUGCGUGGCUCUUCUAUUAGAGAAUGGCGCCGCUGUCACUCUCCAGAACAUGGAUGGAAAGACUCCGAUCGACGUUGCGAAGCUGAACAGCCAAAACGAUGUGCUAAAGUUGCUCGAGAAGGAUGCCUUCCUGUAAUUUCAUAAAAGUCAUGGAGGCAUAUGCUGCAGUUCUGGGAUGUUAGGCGUAUGUCGGUUUGGGAUUUUGGAUCCAAUCUGUGGCUUGGAUCAGCAGCAGCGUGAGGAGAUGUAAUCAGCACCACAACUUUAUGCUUUGUCCAUCUUAUCUUUUGCCCUUUAUGGUUCCUACAUUGCUAGAAUUUGUUAGUAAACAACAUAAACGUUUUGAUGGCAGACAUGAAAUGUGUUGUGUGGCAUAUGACAAAGUAGCUUCAUUAUUAAUUUA